CUCAGGAGACGCAGGACUCAGGGAGAGAACUAGAAGUAUUCCUAUGCGGUUUUCCUGUAUAUAUGAACGAUGGCGGUCGUGCCAUAGGCGGUGAAGUUCUAACGGAGUCAUCUGCGACAGCAAGAGAGGAAACCAGUUCAAAACGCUUUGGGACUUCCCGAGCUGAGAGAUGUGGGGAAGCGCGGAUGGAGGGCCUCCGGAGGUUACUCUUGAAACCUCCAUGGGUUCUUUCACUGUAGAGCUAUAUUUUAAGCACGCUCCUAGAACUUGCAGAAACUUCAUUGAGCUUUCUCGAAGAGGUUACUACGACAACACUAAAUUUCACCGAAUUAUCAAGGAUUUUAUGGUACAAGGUGGAGAUCCCACAGGAACAGGGAGGGGUGGAGAAUCGAUAUACGGUUCUAAGUUUGAAGAUGAGAUAAAACCUGAGUUGAAGCAUACUGGAGCUGGUAUUCUAUCCAUGGCAAAUGCAGGUCCAAAUACCAAUGGAAGUCAGUUCUUUAUUACCCUUGCACCAUGUCAGCAUCUGGAUGGAAAACACACAAUAUUUGGAAGAGUUUGUAGGGGAAUGGAAAUCAUCAAAAGACUGGGAAGUAUUCAAACCGACAACAUUGAUAGGCCUAUCCAUGAUGUGAAGAUACUGCGAACCGCUGUCAAGGACUGAUGGAGCAAACUUGUCGUCAGCUGAGAUUCUUUUAGCAUCGAAUGGUCAAUUCUCUGUCUUAAGAAAGAUUUGCAGAAUAUGGUCCGAUGAUAGAACUAAUUAACAGUGGGAAGUGAUACUAUUAAAGCAGGCAGUCUUGAAUUUAUAUAUGCCAUUGAGAUUCUAUAUAUCUGAAUCAUUUCGAUUUAUAUUUUCCUUUAUGUCAUUAUCAGACGAGUUCUCAUGCAAGUGUGCACUUCAUGUAGGCACUGGACAGAGUGCAAGCAAUUAAGCAAUGCUAUUUAAUUUUCUAA